AAAGAGAAAACCAACAAAAAAAUAUGGAAACCCAUGAAUAAUAUCUCUGUUUCUUCAUAAAAAAAUCAAAUCUUUUUGCAGAGAAACCAUGGAGAAACGUUUUGAUUCCAAGGACAAGGUUGUGGAAGAGAUCAUGAAGAUUCAUAGAUCUCUUCCAUCUAGACCAGAGAUCGAAGAUGUCGAAACCGCAACUUCUCUGGUUCAAAACGUUGAGGAAGAAGAUCGAAUUCGCUUAGAAGACAUUGAUGAUGAACACAAGAUGAUUCAAAACUCUGGUGUUCCUAAGGAGCUUUUCAAUGUGUUGAAGGAGAUGAGGAGAAGUCUUGUUCAUUUCCAGAGCAAAGAACAGAGGAGAGAAGCGAAUAAAAUUCUCGAUCUGGAAUCUGUACACGUUGUGUUCGACGAAUUGAUUCAGAGAGCUUCGAAUUGUAUUGCUUCUCCUAAUGGCAUGACCACCACUACCAUUUCUGUGCCUCGGUCUGUUCCGGUUCCUGUGCCGGCGUCGGUUGUUUCUUCUGAUCAGGGUCUUGUCAAGUCAAAGGAGAUGUUAACGCGUGAUGAUAUGUUUGUGAAGAAAGAGAGAUCUUCGUUUUAUAAUGAUGGGUUGUUGGCUCCUCGGAAGCCUCAGGUUUUGGAUUCAACACUUAUGGCUAAGAGAGUCAUCGGCCAUGAAGGGGAGAAGUUGAGUCUCAUAAAACUUGCUAGUUUGAUUGAAGUAUCGGCCAAGAAAGCUACUCAGGAGCUUAAUCUGCAGCACAAGCUGAUGGAUCAGCUUGAAUGGCUUCCAGAUUCUAUAGGCAAGUUAUUGAGUCUGGUUAGGCUAGAUUUGUCUGAGAAUUGCAUCAUGGUACUACCGGAAACCAUAGGAGGGCUUUUGUCCUUGACGAAGCUUGAUUUGCAUUCAAAUAGAAUUGGUCAGCUCCCUGAGUCUAUAGGAGAUUUGGUAUACUUGGUCAACCUGAAUCUUAGUGGAAACCAGUUAUCAUCUCUUCCACCAGCAUUUAGUAGAUUGAUACAUCUCGAGGAACUUGAUCUGAGCUCUAACAGCCUCUCCACUCUCCCUGAAUCUAUCGGUUCUCUUGUGAGCCUAAAGAAGCUCGAUGUUGAAACAAAUAAUAUCGAAGAGAUUCCGCAUAAUAUCUCUGGUUGUUCUUCCUUGAAAGAACUCCGUGCAGAUUACAACAGACUUAAAGCUCUUCCAGAAGCUGUUGGGAAGUUAUCGACCUUAGAGAUUCUGACUGUCCGUUACAACAACAUUCGGCAGCUACCCACAACAAUGUCCUCCAUGGCUAACCUCAAAGAGUUAGAUGUGAGUUUCAACGAGCUUGAAUCAGUACCAGAGAGCUUAUGUCAUGCCAAAACACUUGUUAAGCUCAACAUUGGGAACAACUUUGCCAACCUAAGAUCACUCCCAGGGUUGAUAGGCAACCUUGAGAUGCUAGAAGAGCUUGAUAUGAGCAAUAACCAGAUCCGUUUCCUUCCAUAUUCUUUCAAAACGCUUUCACAGCUGCGCAUUCUUCACACACAGCAAAACCCCCUUGAAGAACUUCCAAGAGAUAUAACCGAAAAGGGCGCACAGGCCGUGGUUCAAUUCAUGAAUGAUCUCGUAGAGGCAAGAAACACCAAAUCUCAAAGAAGUAAGCCGAAAAAGAGCUGGGUUAACAGUAUUUGCUUUUUAUGCAAGUCCACCAAAUAGAGAAAACAGAGCAGCAUGGCAAUCCUCUAAACCACUCUGAAAAAAUCUGACCUUUUGUCAUCAUCAGGUAGAUUUUCAUGUUUCAGGUAAACUCUGUUAUAACCGAUGGCAGGACAGAAGAGUCCUGCCGUGUUCACGACAGUUCACACCAUCCAUUCCUUUAUUCAUAAUCACAUGUUCGUCACAAAUUUGUUUCAAAUCACUCUUUGUAUACUGGUGUUUGUUUAUACCUCUCGAUCAGGACUGGAUCAUAAAGACAAUGUAAUUCAAUUUGUGAAUCUCUAUGUGAUUACUGAUGCAACUAGUUAAUGUAAA